AUGUCCAAUGGACAUUACAAGAUGCCGGAUGGACUUGCUAAGAAAAUGCCUGAAGAUGUUGUAAUUUGUAUACUUUUGAGACUUCCAAUGAAAUCUCUCUUGCGAUUUAAUUGUGUCUCCAAAACUUGUCACAUUCUCUUGCAAUCAUCCACUUUUAUCAAUCUUCAUCUCAACCGCGCCACAACGGUGACAGAUGAAUUCAUUCUCCUUAAGCGCUCGUUCAAAGAAGAUAUCAAUCAAUAUAAAACUAUUUUCUCUUUUCUUUCUGGUGGUGGUGAUAAUUAUCUUAACCCCAUUUUUCCAGACCUCAAUGUGCCAUAUAUGACCGAUACUCGCAGUAUUAUUUUUGAUCAACUAAUCGGUCCUUGCAAUGGUUUGAUUGCUUUGAUGGAUAAUGUUAAUACUGUCAUAUUUAAUCCGUCUACUAGAAAUAUUAGGCUUCUCCUCUCUAGCCCUUUUGAUCGUCCAAAGGGAUUCCAUCGAUACAUCAGAUGCCUUGGAUUUGGCUUUGACUCUGUUGUGAAUGACUAUAAGGUUAUUAGAAUAUCUGAGUUUCUCAAGGAUGAUCGUUACGGAUAUAUUCAAGUGGAAGAGGAAAACGUUGAGAUUUAUGAAUUGGGUAUUGAUUGUUGGAGAGAAUUGGAUCAUGUAGAUCAACAAUUACCCGUCAUACAUUGGUUGCCUUGUUCUCAGAUAUUUUACAAGGGAAUUUUUCACUGGAUUGCCCAUACGGUAAUUCUUUGUUUUGACAUGAGCACUGAGAUUUUUUACACUAUGAGAAUGCCUGACACUAGUCAUAAUUUUCGCAUCGAACCACAUCGUAGCCUCGUCAUCUUAAACGAGUCUCUAACCUUGAUAUGUUACCCUUCCGUAGUGCCAGUUAUCGAUCCAACAGAAGAUCUGAUUGAAAUAUGGAUAAUGAAAGAUUAUGAUGUAUAUGAGUCAUGGAUUAAGAAAUACACAAUUAGAGGUCUUCCGAUUAAAAUACCAUUAGCAGUUUGGAAACAUAAUUUAUUGCUUUUUCAAAGCAGAACAGGAUUUCUUAUGACCUAUGAUAUUAAUGCUGAUGAUGUCAAGGAAUUCAAUUUACAGGGUUGUUGCAAAAGCAUGAGAGCUAUAGUUUAUAAAGCUAACUUGACCAAGAUACCAAGAGGAAGCGAGAAUGGUGAACAAGUUCAGAAAUUCUAGAGAA